AUGCGAGCACAGGUGUUAGAGGCGUUCAACACGCCUUACCAAUUCAAAGAUAUCCCGCUCCCGCACAAUCCAACUGGUCAAGAUAUCCUGGUCAAGGUCGGAGCGGCAUCGUACUGCCACACCGAUGCGGUCUUUGCGUCGGGUGCCAUGUGGCAAGACCUGCCUCGGGUAGGAUCGCACGAGUUUGCAGGCACAAUCGUCGCUCUGGGCCCGGAUGUUUCACCAAAGUUGAAUCUCAAAGUCGGCAUGCCAGUUGGCGUCCCCGGUCGAGCGUUUCAUCCUUGCGGAUCGUGCUACGAAUGCCUCAACAACGACGGCGACCCGGAAAAGUACGGGGUAUGGUGCCCUAAGGCUGGCAACCUCGGUCUCUCGGCCAACGGCGGCUUUCAAGAAUAUUGCAUUGCAGAUUCUCGCCAGAUAGCCCCCAUGCCGGAGGGUAUGACGGCCGUUGAUACCGCUCCCCUUAUGUGCGCAGGUCUGACCAUCUGGAACGCACUGGAAAGGGCGGGAGUGAAGAUGGAGACAGGGGGUGGGAAAGGGCUCACGAUUGGCAUAUCCGGUGCUGGUGGUGGCCUCGGACACCUGGGGGUACAGUUCGCCGUCAAGCUUGGAUGCAAGGUCGUAGCCAUUGAGGCAUCUGAUCCGGCAUUGGCGCUUCUGAAGGACGUCGUCAAGGAUUUAGGACCGUCAGGGGACUGCGUUACCAUUGUUGACGCCAGGAAGCAACCUGCCGAGGAUGCUCGUGUGUCAAUUUUUGGAUCUCCUGAUCCCAGCCUGGAAGGUGAGAAGGGCGUCGACGGCGUCCUUAUUCUCCCCGAAUCUCAGAAGGCCUUCGAGUACGGGAUGAAGCUGGUCAAAAAUCACGGCAUAUGCGUGACCGUCAGCUUCCCCAAGGAAGGCUUUCAUAUGCAACCACGAGACCUUGUCUUCCGCCACAUCUCCAUAACCGGAGUCCUAGUCGGUCGGAACCGGCAGCUCAGAGCUAUGUUGAACUUUGCAGCAAAGGAGGGCGUGAGGGCGAGGGUGACCACGUACAAGUUGGAGCAAUUGAACGAACUGGUGGAGGACUACCAUAAGGGUGCAAGCGGAAAGCUGGUUGUGGACAUGUCCAAGUGA